CUUCAUCAAAAUUGUGACUUUAGUCUAUGAUGUCGUGUUCAGCUCGAAUACUCAGUUAGGGAUGGCAAUUUCGACCUGACCCGAUUUACCCGACUUGUUUGACGUGUUUUGGGGCAGGUUCGUCUUAAGAAACUCCGGCAUUUGCUAUAUGACUGGAGUCGAGCAGGAACCACGAAUUCCCUGCGGAAUAUCAAAACUCUCCAGUCCGAAAUUGAUCGGAUUAAAGCUCAAUCCCCGAUUAAUUGGGAUGAGGUCCGCCAGUUGGAAUUCGAGCUAAGUAGACAAUGGGAGGCGGAGGAAAGUUACUGGCAGCAAAAGUCGCGGGUGCGGUGGCUGAAAAAAGGUGAUCAAAACUCCGCUUACUUUCACACGGUAACCAGGACUCGUCGUAAAAGAAAUUACGUGGCGGGCUUGCGUAAUGACGAGGGUGACUGGGUCACGGAGGAGAAAGGGAAGGCCGAAAUUGCUGAUACCUUUUAUCAAAAGCUGUUUACUUCGGAAAAUCAGGUGCGUAACAUGGCGGAGAGAGUGGAUGGCUUGCCCAUCCCCCAGAAAGUGACACCUGCCAUGAAUGACUGCCUCACAGCAGAGGUCCUUCCUGGGGAAGUGCGGAAAACAGUUUUCUCCAUGGGUUCUAAGCAGGCUCCGGGCUCGGAUGGCUUCACCGGGAAAUUCUUUAAAUCCUUUUGGGAUAUUGUGGGUGGGUCGGUAAUUGAGGCUGUUUGCUCUUUCUUUCGUACAAGUACGAUGCUUAAGAGUUUCAAUCACACUUGGCUGACUUUGAUCCCGAAAGUUGAAAAUGUGGUGACCAUGACCCAGUUGCGACCUAUCAGCCUAUGUCAGUUUGUCUAUAAGAUUGUCACUAAGAUCAUGGCUGAGCGGCUUGCGUGCUUUCUGCCACAAAUCAUUUCGGAAGGCCAGAAUGCUUUUAUUCGCGACCGGCAAAUUAUUGAGAAUAUCCUCCUUGGGCAUGAGUUAAUGCAUUACCUCAAGAUCAAGACUAGAGGCAAGAAAGGGUACAUGGCUCUGAAGGUUGACAUGGAAAAGGCCUAUGAUAGAGUCGAAUGGCCCUUUCUUCUUGCAGUUUUGACAAAGAUGGGUUUUAACUCCACCUGGUGUGGAUGGGUUCAUGAAUGUCUCCGGUCGUCUUCUUUUUCGGUGUUAAUGAAUGGGGCCCCGUCAGGUUAUUUCGCUCCAUCCAGAGGCCUUCGGCAGGGGGACCCUCUUUCCCCCCUUUUGUUUGUGAUUUGCACUGAAGGGUUUGCUGCAAUCCUUCGAAAGGCAAUAUUGGAAGAUAAGCUAGGGGGAGUGAAAGUGGCUCCUCGGGCUCCGCGGAUCUCGCAUCUUUUCUUUGCGGAUGAUUCUUACCUGUUCCUGCGUGGGUCCCUUCUGGAAUGCGAGAAUUUGAUUGAGGUCCUGAAUGAGUAUGAAGAACUUAGUGGCCAGCGAGUGAAUUUGGCUAAGUCGGCUGUUUGUUUCAGCAAGAACAUUGUCAUUCAAGACCAGGAAUUCUUGGCUGCAAUCCUAGUAGUCGGGGCGGUAGGGGUGCAUGAUAAAUAUCUAGGGCUACCGACUCUGAUGGCUCGGUCCAAAAUGGCCACUUUCCGCUAUUUGGAGGAAAAGCUUCUAGAACGCCUUCAGGGGUGGAAACAGAGGACAUUGUCUUGGGCGGCGAAGGAAACAUUGAUUAAAGCUGUUGCUAUGGCAUUACCGCUUCAUGUGAUGUCGUGUUUUAAGCUGCCGGUCUCCCUGUGUCGGUUGUUGGAUAAGCAUGUGGCUAGAUUCUGGUGGGGGGUGGUUGAAGGGCAGCCCAAGACUCGUUGGAUGUCUUGGCGGAACAUGUGUCGUAGUAAGCAUGAGGGAGGAAUGGGCUUCCGCCGGUUUGAACAGUUUAAUCAAGCCCUUCUUGCUAAGAUUGGCUGGGGUGUUCUUACAGACCCGCAGUCACUACUUGCCCAGGUUUACAAAGGUAAAUACUUCCCGACGGGUACUUUCCUCACAGCCUCAGCCCGAUCACGUCCGUCGUGGGGGUGGCAGAGCAUCCUGUUUGGACGUCAACUGUUGGUGAAGGGGUUACGAUGGCAGAUUGGCAAUGGGAGGUCGGCUUCCUUGCUCCACUCCUCCUGGAUUCCUAAGUUUCACCUUGAACCCCUAAGGUAUAAUCCUCAAGUCCUGCCUGACGGUGGUGAUCCGGUGGUGGCAGAGGUUAUUUUCCAGGGGGAAGGACGCUGGAAUGAGGCAAAACUGGGCCAGUGGUUUGAUCCGCAUACCUGUAGAGCGAUAAAGGCCAUUCCAUUACCACGACAUAAUGUGGAGGACAAGUUAAUUUGGCACUACUCUAGGGAUGGGAUCUUCUCGGUCAAAUCUGCCUACCAUCUUGCAACCACUCUGGAGAGACGGGAAGGGCAGUGGAAGGCUGGAGCCAGUUGGAUGGAUAAGCCCAGCUGGAUACGGGUAUGGGGGGCUGAUAUCCCACCUAAACUCAAGGUAUUCGUCUGGCAGAUCCUUAAUCGCAUCCUUCCUACCACAGAGGCACUUAUUGAGAAGAGAAUUCCGGUGCACCCUCGAUGUCCGGUUUGCUGGGCUGCUCCCGAGACGAUGGAGCACUUGUUCCUUGAUUGCCCUGUGGCCCGUGCCCUUUGGGAGUUUGCUGGGUUGGAUUACCUCGGGGAAGGUUUGCCCCGUCACACCUUUCCCUUGUUUCUCAAAAGGCUGCUGGCUCUUAUUCCCCGGCCUGACUUGGUUAUGGCGGUGAUAGCCAUUCUGUGGCGUAUCUGGAGGUCUCGGAAUUGGGUAGUCUUUGAGGGCAAACAGUAUACGAUCCCUGUUCUUAUGCGGCAGUAUAAUCAGCAGUAUGAGGAAUGGGUAAGGGUGCCAGGUGGCCAGAUCCCUCCAGCAGUUUGUCCUCGGGUGCAGCAGCCGGUCCCAGUUGAUCCUUGCGUGCCUGUUUGCAUGUGGGAUGGGGCUACGAGGAGCGGCUCUCAUGCGGCUGGGGGGAUGGUGAUCUUAACUCCAGCUAGAGAGAUCCUCUGGAUUAAAGGGGUUCAGUUCCCGGGGGUAGAUGAUCCUGCUGUGGCGGAGUUACUGGUUCUCCGUGAAGCUAUGGUUUGGUGCUGUGAGCAUGGUCUUGAGGCGGUCAGAUUUGAAGGGGAUGCUAAGGUGAUUAUAGACAAAAUCAGAAUGAGGGAUAGCAGAGAUGGCCAGAUGGGUGCUGUUCUUGAGGAAGUUGUUCAGUUGUUUGCAGCCCAUGCUGGCUUUAGUAUUCGAUUUGUAGGUCGGGAUUAUAAUAGGGUAGCUCAUGUGGUAGCUAGGAAAGCCCUUUCUUUGUUCCCGACUUUAUGUCGUUUCUUUGAUUUCCAGACCUGGCUGGUUUCCAGGGUGUAACUAUCGUUGUCUAAAUCAAUAUAUGAUUAUCUUUUGUCAAAAAAAAAAAAAAGUUUUGGGGCAGGUUCGUAGGCGGGGCGGGGCGGGCAUGGGUACCUCUCAUCGACCCGACCUGCCCUGACCCGCCCCAUUCUCGACCCAUUCUUGCCUAUAUUACAUAUAAUAUUAGUCAAAUUACUUAGGAUUUUCCUCUUAUUAUAUUAUAUUUUAGCUAGAAUAAAGUUGUAAAUAAGUG